GACAGGAGGCACGCUGUUUACUACUACUGACGGCUCCAGUCCACAUCCACCGACGCAAUGUUGACGUAGUUUAGCCCACCGUGUGUGAGCUGAAGAGCUGUGGCUAUACAUAGAACCCCGACUAGAAGAGGAGAACCUUAAGCUCAGGAUAAAUCAAGGCAGCAUUUCGGGCUCUAUGAAACGGACAAGUGCGGAGGAAUGCACUGAACCGAGAGAUUUCCUCACACACGCACACACACGCAAGCACGCGCGCGCACACACACACACACACAGGGAUGGUUUGGACUUGACAGAUCCUCGUCGCUUUUCUCCUAGUCCUCUGCUUGAACACAUCACCAAUGGAGCACGCAGCAGAUGAUCAGAAUGCACUGAUCAGAUCUGAGAUUUAAGUAGCACAGAAUUGCGCGUUUGAGUGAUCCGAGUCGCUCCCGUUGCGCCUUUGUUUGGCACUGACCGCAAAAACUUCCACUAGGAUGGCUUUGGUCAUGGAACCUGUAAGCAAGUGGACAACGAGCCAGGUGGUGGACUGGAUGAAGGGUCUGGAUGACUGUCUUCAGCAGUACAUUAAGAACUUUGAACAGGAGAAGGUGGGAGGGGAGCAGUUGCUGCGCAUCACCCAUCAGGAGCUGGAAGAUCUGGGAGUUUCUCGCAUCGGCCACCAGGAGCUCAUCCUGGAGGCUGUGGACCUGCUGUGUGCACUGAACUAUGGUCUGGAGACGGAGAAUCUGAAGACUCUGUCCCAUAAGCUCAACGCCUCUGCUAAAAACCUGCAGAACUUCAUAACAGGUCGCAGACGAGGAGGUCACUAUGAUGGACGAGCCACACGCAAGCUACCGAACGACUUCCUCACCUCAGUGGUGGAUCUGAUCGCUGCUGCGAAAAGUCUUCUGGCUUGGCUAGACAGGUGUCACGUCUUCCUCAGGUCUCCUUUUGCUGCAGUGGCUGAUUAUUCUCUGACCAGGAACAACGUGAUCCAGCUUUGUCUAGAACUAACCACAAUAGUGCAACAGGACAACACAGUAUAUGAAACAGAGAAUAAAAUACUGCAUGUGUGUAAGAUGCUGUCUGAUGUAUGUGACCAUAUUAUCACGCUCUCCUCAGACCCAAUGGUGUCCCAGGCUGCUCACCUGGAGGUGGUGCAACUGGAUAACAUCAAAUCGACAGAGGGGCUGGGCAUGUACAUCAAGUCGACGUAUGAUGGCCUGCAUGUCAUCACAGGGACCACAGAGGGGUCUCCGGCAGACCGCUGUAAGAAAAUCCAUGCUGGCGAUGAAGUCAUUCAAGUCAAUCAUCAGACAGUGGUGGGCUGGCAGUUAAAGAACUUGGUGAACUCUUUACGUAGCGACCCCGCUGGAGUGUCCUUAACACUAAAGAAACGUCCUCAGAGCACUCUCACUUCCACUCCAGCCUUACUGAAGAACAUGAGAUGGAAGCCCCUGGCCCUGCAGCCCAUCUUCCCCUCGAGCCCCAGCAGCAGUACAGCCACACCCACCAGCACCCUCAGCACACCAUCCAAACGAGACAGCUGUGCUCUACAGGACCUCUACUUCCCCCCACCACCGGACGAGCCAUACACACCCAGGGUUGUGGGGAGUCUGGAGCCUAUCCCAGGGAACUCAGGGCACAAGGCAGGGGACACCCUAGACGGGGUGCCAACCCAUCGCAGGGCACCAUCUCACACCCAUUCACACACUAUGGACAAUCUGGAAAUGCCAAUUAGUCUACAGCGCAUGCCUUUGGACUGGGGGAGGAAAGCGGAGUACCCAGAGGAAACCCCCACAACACGGGGAGAACAUGCAAACUCCGCACACACAGGACAGAGGCAGGAUUCAAACCCCCAACCCUGGAGAGAGGGCACAGCCAGUGACACUUCCCAACACGACGUGACUAAGCGCUCUGAGUCGCCAAACUCUUUUCUAGACCAGGAGUGCCGGCGGCAGUUUCCCAUGAUGGAUGAGGAUGCGGUUCUCUACUGCUAUGAGUAUGAUCCAAACCGGGGACCUCCUCCUGUGCGCAGGGACGGCACUAUGACAUAUGAGAACUCCAUGCUUCGUUAUGUUGGAGAGGAUAAGGCGGGUGCUGAGGAGUAUGCGAUCGGACGCAGCAGCAGCAGGCGGAGCAGGAGGAAGAAUGAGAAAGGGAAUAGCCCCGCCCAUUACGCCUUGGUUCCAGCCAUUCAGAUGGAAAUGUUGAGACAGGACUCAGUAACCACGCCCACCUCAGACACCUCCUCCAUCUACCACACAUUUGAUCAGUCUUCAGUGCUGUCAAAGUCAAAGAAGAAGUUGAGAGCUGGCUCACUAUCUUCCAUCAGCAAGCGUAGGAUUUCCUGUAAAGAUCUGGGACAGGGAGAUUGUGCAGGCUGGCUCUGGAAGAAGAAGGAUGCCAAGAGCUACUUUUCUCAAAAGUGGAAGAAGUACUGGGUGGUGCUGAAAGACACCUGCCUGUACUGGUACAUCAAUGAGGAGGACGAGAAGGCCGAAGGCUUUGUCAGUCUCCCUGAGUUCAAAAUUGACCAAGCAAAUGAAUGCCGCAAGAAAUUCGCUUUUAAGGCAUGUCAUCCUAAGAUCAAGAGUUUCUACUUUGCAGCAGAUAAUGUGGAUGAUAUGAACAGAUGGCUGAGUCGAUUAAACAUGGCAGCAGCAGCUCAUUCGGAGCAGGAGAGGAUUCGGCAGGAUCAUGACUACUGGAGUGAGAGCGACCAUGAGGACGUUGAGAACUUGUCUUCUAAACAGAACAGCCCUCCACCACCCUACGACACCUACCCUGCCUUACAGGUGAGCCCCUAUCCUGAGCCCAAACACAUUCGGCCUCCAUCCACAGAGACCGUGCAGCCCCGGUCUCCCCAUGAGGACUUCCAGCCCGAGCCCCACUGUACCAGUAUGAGUGGCUCCAGCUCUCCAGCACGCAAGUCGUCCAGCCAAAGGCGUUCAUGGCAAGACCUGAUUGAGACGCCACUCACCAGUUCAGGUCUACACUUCUUGCAAUCUCUGCCUCUGGAGGAUGCUGUGUUCCUGGAGCCCAAUGGAGCUAUGCCUGUGGAACUUCGACGCCAGGCUACCCUGCCACCUCAGCGAUGCCAACUGCCCGAGCGCCACACCCCACUGACGCCCGGCCAACUACCUUCCACAGCCCGGAUAGGAAGGGAAGUAAAACACCGCAGCUUUACGUUGCCACGUGACAGUGGCCUGCAUGCCAUCCUGGCAGCCACAGCAGGGGCUCCUGAACAUAGAGAUGUCCAGCAGCACCAGCUGGGCCAGGCGUACACCAGAGAUGCAGGUUUGGAGCGGGAACACAGGCAGCAGGCUGAUUCGCUGUGUGACCUGUAUCGAGCUCUAGAGAGGGCCAGUCUGUCCCCUGUGAAUGAGCACAUGCCCACCAAUCGUCUGGAGUACAAGCGCUCGUUUGUCCGCCGUGGUAACGACCCCUUGCUUAAUGAGAAACUGCACCGCCUGCGUAUACUUCAGAACACAUUCAAGGAUGUCCCACUCAAAGAGGCUGAGACGAAGAUCAUUCAUCGGGAUGUGUAAGGAAAGCCAGUGGCAAUCAGGAGAGUAGCCUAGAAAACAGCAGUCUUCACAUCUGUACAUAAAGAUAGUGUAUAUUAAUGUGAGAAGAGAGUUACCUCUGCUCCAGUUCCAUUCUUUUCAUGUCUGCUUCCUUGUGGAGGUUGAUUUACAUGGACACUGCCAAUCAAUGAUUCUGAAGAAAAAUAUUAAACAUGUUUUCCAUAAAAAAAAUUAUAUUAUAUAAUAUUUUUUGUGCCCCACAGUUCAGAGUGCUCUAUGUGUGGAGUUUCCCAUGUGCUGUCCACAAGGGUUUCUUCCAGGUUCCCCUUCCAAAAAUAUGCUGACAGGUGAAGUGGCUACUCUUAAUUUUGUGUGUGUGUGUGUGUGUGUGUGUGUGUGUGUGUGUGUGUGUGUGUGUGUGUGUGUGUGUGUUGCCCUGUGGUGGCCUGGCAUCCCAUCCAUGGUGUAUUUCCACUUUGCGAUCAUGAUCAGGAUAAAGUGAUUACUAAGAACGAAUGAAUGAAUAAAUGAAUAUCAACUGAAAUAGAAAUUGCCUUAUGUUGAGUACUUGUAUAUGAGUGCUUGUUUCCAGUCAAUAAAAAGCCACAAACUUUUCUCAGUUCACUUGUUGCUAUUCCCUACUCAAAUUAUCCCACUGUUUACAGUCCAACCAAAAUUGUUCAGAUAUUCAUUCAUUCAUCUUCAGUAACUACUUUGCUCUGGUCAGGGUUGUGGUGGAUCUAGAUCCUAUCCCGUGAACUCUAGGCAUGUGGCAGAAAUACAUGGAUGUGAUGCCAGUCCAUCACAGGGCACCAUGCAUACACACAUUCAUACACACCUAGUAUAUUUUGAGAGGCAGCUGGAAACCAAGAGGAAAUCCACAUACACAAAGGAAGAACAUGCGAAACUACGAACAUACAUUAAUCCAAGCUAAGUAUUGAAGCAGGGACCAUGGAGGUGUAAGGCUGCAACGCAUUAUGCUUUUCCACCAAAAUGUUGAUAUAGAUUGCUUAAAAACUUUUGACUGGCAGUGUAUUAUUAGAUCUUUAUUUGAUCUUUAUUAUUAUCCACUGAUCUCCUUUUACUUGCCAUAUUUUUGCCAUGUCUUCCUCAUUUCUCUUUCUUGAUUUGGUUCCAUAAUUGCACAAUGUUAAUAUGUGGAUAUGAAGGCAUUAUUUUGUAUAUUGGUAAAUUAUGGUCUGUUGAAACCUUUGAAGUUUAUGUAUUGUUUAACAUGUAUUGGCCUUGUGCCAAAUGACUGCACUUCCUUUGAGCUUUGCUCCUCCAUACUGACUGAACAAGAAACACAGAACUACUAGUAUAGAUGUUCCUCAACUACUGAUUGUGUUAUUAUUAUUUUACUUUGCAUGGCCUCAGUCGAAGUUAUGAAUUUUGAGUGUGUUUUCGUUUUAAGUUAUCAAUUGAAAAUUGCAUUUUCUUUACAUUUUAUAGAUGUAAAACAAUGUAUGUCAAUAGGUAUAACAUAUGGAAUGACUAUGUGUAAUUGUUGUUGUAAAAGAAAGGGAGAAAGAUGGUUGUAUAUCUAACAUGUCAUCCUUGUCCUUGCUUCCAUCUGGCUGUCUUCUGUGUGGCUUCUGACCUUUGACUCUGGAAUCAACCCAUAGUACAACCCCAAUACCAAAAAAGUUGGGACGCUGUGUCAAAUGUAAAUAAAAACAGAAUGCAAUGAUUUGCAAAUCUCAUAAACCCAUAUGUUAUUCGCAAUAGAACAUAGAAAACAUAUCAAAUGUUUAAACUGAGUAAAUGUACCAUUUUAAGGAAAAAAAACAGGUAAUAUUGAAUUUGAUGGCCACAACACGUCUCAAAAAAGCUGAGACGGGGCAACAUAAGGCUGGAAACUUAAGUAUUACUAAAAAGAAACAGCUGGAGGUUAAUUGGCAACAGGUCAUUAACAUGAUUGGGUGUAAAAAGAGUAUCUUAGAGAGGCAGAGUCUCUCAGAAGUAAAGAUGGGCAGAGGUUCACAAAUCCUGCGUCUACAAUCUGUGGAACAAUUUCAGAAUAAUGUUCCUCAACGUAAAAUAUCUCAUCAUCUACAGUACAUAAUAUCAUCAAAAGAUUAUGAGGAUGUGGAGAAAUCUCUGUGCGCAAGGGACAAGGGUGAAAAUCAAUAUCGCAUGCCUGUGAUCUUCAGGCCCUCAGGCGGCACUGCAUUCUGUAAUGAAAUGACUGCAUGGGCUCAGAAACACAAUCAGAACUCAUUGUCUGUGAACACAGUUCACCAUGACAUCCACAAAUGCUGGUUAAAGCUCUAUCAUGCAAAGAAGAAUCCAUAUGUGAACAUGAUCCAGAAACGCUGUCGUUAUUCUCUGGGCCAAAGCUCAUUUAAAAUGGACUGAAGCAAAGUUGAAAACUGUUCUGUGGUCAGACGAAUCGAAAUUUGAAAUUCUUUUUGGAAACCAUAUAUACUGCGUCCUCUAAACUCUAAACUAAAGAGGACUAAAGAGGAGAGGAACCAUCUGGCUUUUUAUCAGCGCUCAGUUCGAAAGCCUGCAUCUCUGAUUGCAUUAGUGCCUAUGGAAUGGGCAGGUUGCACAUCUGGAAAGGCAUCAUCAAUGUUGAAAGGUAUAUACAGGUUUUAUAGCAACAUAUGCUUCCAUCCAGAUUCCAUCCCAUCUUUACUUCUGAGAGACUCUGCCUCUCUAAGAUACUCUUUUUAUAUCCAAUUGUGUUACUGACCUGUUGCCAAUUAACCUAAUUAGUUGCAAAAUUUUCCUCCAGCUGUUUCUUUUUAGUAACACUUACUUUUCCAGCCUUUUUUGCCCCUGUCCCAACUUUUCUGAGACGUGUUGAGGCCGUCAAAUUCAAAAUUACCUUAUUUUUUAUUUCAGCUCAUGUUUUUUUUUUAAUGUUUUCUAUGUUCUACUGUGUUGUGAAUAUCAUAUGGGUUUAUGAGAUUUGCAAAUCAUUGCAUUCUGUUUUUAUUUACAUUUUACACAUUUUACCCAACAUUUUGGAAUUGGGGUUGUACAUUGUUAAACAUGUAAGGCUUCAGUGUUAACUACACAGCAAGGCUAAACUAAAAUGGUUAACCAGUGAAACGCUGUCUAUUUUUGUAAGCAUGAUAUUUAUCCACCGGUUUGUACGUGGUUUUAUAUUUUGAGGUGUGUCUUAAAUGAAGAUAACGGGUGGUGUUGAUCCCUUUGACAGGAUGAAACUUAUAAGCAAUUAUGCUGUUGUACUGUAUCUCUGAGAUGAAAAUAAUUUUAACAAUAAACAGUUUGAUGUUUUGUUAAAUGUUUCUUAUCCUACAGCGCUGUCAAAUACUUGAUUCUGAUUGGUCAGAAGGUGAUGAUUAAUUUUCUAGAACAGUAUUUCCUGCUGCAAAACAAAUCAAAGGUUUAUGUUAAUGCACUUGUUCUAAUAUGUUAUCUUGUGUUGCUAUUUAACAAAGAAAAACAUAAUUGGUGAUAUGAUGGAGUUUUGUAUGAGGAGACAUUUGGGAAUUUUGGAACAAAUUUAUUUAAUAAUGUUGGCUGUUUAUCAGUAACAAGCUGCUGUCCUAUUAAGUUGAAAGUGAGGGUCUGGCUGUUUAUAGAUGCAAUAAGUGAUAGCAAGAAUGAAAAACAUUGAGAGAAUGUUUAUAUAACAAGAGCAUGGAACAUAAUAAGGUUGCAUAAAGAACGUUCCUGUAACCUAGGAAGAAUGUUGAGAAAACAUUUGUAUAUAGUGAAAAUGAAAUGUUACAAUAAUGUUUUACAUAACGUUUUCUUAAUCCUACAAAAACAUUGAGAGAACAUUUAUAUAACAAGUGAAUGGAACGUUGUAAUGUUUUGAAGGACGUUUUAUAACCUUAGAAAAACAUUAAGUGAAUGUUUAUAUAACGAGGGAAUGGAACGUUCUAAUAAGUUUGUGAAUAACAUUCUUAUAACCAAACAAGAACGUUAAUUCAAUGUCUAAAAAAGCAUUUUGAACAUGCCUAGAACAUUCAGAGGCAAAUGGUGGCUUAGUGGUUAGCAUGUUUGCCUCACACCUUUAGGGUUGUGGGUUUGAUUCCCACUGUGACCAUGUGUGUGCAGAGUUUGCAUGUUCUCCUGAUGCUGUGGGGAUUUCCUCCCCAGUCCAAAGACAUGCAUGGAAGGCUGAUUGGCGUGUGUGUUUGUGUACCCUGCCUUGUGCCUGAUGCUCCCUGGGAUAGGCUCCAGGUUUCCCUGUCACCCUGAAAAGGAUUAAGUGGUACAGAAGAUGGAUGGAUAGAACAUUCAGAAAUAAUGUUUUUAUAAUUUAAUGGGAAUGUUAGGAAAAUGUUCUUUAUGGUUAACAUAAAAUUGCUAGCUGGGAUUAGUCCCAAAGUCCUGGCCUUUGCCUAUUUGCUCAUUGGCAAGCUCUAGUCCUGCAGAGGUUUUUUCCUGGCAUGCCUCCAUACAAGUUGAAUUUCUUUCUGAUUGUUGAACCCAUGCACUUUGAUGACAACUGCUGCAAGUCUUACUAGCAGAUCCUGUGAUGAAAUUUUGGGGUUCUUGGAGACUUCUUUUUGCAUCAGACAGUCUGCUCUUGGGCUGAAUUUGCUGGGAUGGCCAGUCCCAGACAAAUUGGCAGUCGUUUGAAAUCUGUGCCACUUAUUAUUUUUCUUACAUUGGAAUGAAGUAUUUCAAAUCAUUUGGAGAUCUUUUUAAAUCUCUUGCCAGACUCAUUGGCAUCCACAUCCUUUUGUUCUGAAGGCCUUACAGAACUCUUUAGAUCUCUAGAUUCACAUGACUGUGUACACUGGUGAAUUUUAUAUACAAACUCUCUCCCACCAGAAUGUUUAAUUUUAAUAACAAGAAAACUGAUUUGUUGUCAAAAGUGGAACGUUAGUUGUGCCAACCACUGAUAAAUGUUAUUAUAGCACCCAGUAUAUUGAACACCUACUGAUAACUUCAUAGUACAGUGACAGGCGACUUGCAGCGAUAAAAUAGCUGUAUAUGUGAAUGUACAGUUAGCUGGUCAUGGGGGAGGUGCUGAUAUAUGAGAUCGUAAAAGAGGUUUUGGAAAAACACCUAGGUCAGGUUAUAUGGCCUCAGGCAAGGGCAGGUUUGCUUGUGUGUGUGUGUGUGUGUGUGUGUGUGUGUGUGUAAUUAUCAAGGUCUGUUAUGAGAAAAAUUUAACACAGCAUAGUCCUCAGUCCUGGCCCUCAGCACUGGGGUUUCCCAGGGCUGUGUACUGAGUCCUCUGCUAUACACUCUAUACACCCAUGACUGUACAUCAAUCCCUGAUAGCAACAUUAUCAUUAAGUGUGCAGACGACACUACUGUAAUGGGACUGAUAAUAUAAUGAUGAGUCUGCCUCCAGAGAUGAAGUCCAAAAACUCACUGCCUGGCACUCAACUCCUCAAAAACUGAGGAGUCGGUGAUAGAUUUUAGGAGGAAGAGGGAGGAACCUGCCCUUCCUUACAUCAAAGGGGACAUUGUGGCGAGGGUCGGUGACUAUAAAUUCCUGGGAACAUACAUCUCUCAGGACCUCACAUGGUCUAACACCAAUGCCCUUGUGAAAAAAGUACAUCAGCGACUUUUGAGGUCACUGAGGAGAGUCAAUCUGUUCCAGGAACUGCUGCUGUCUUUUUUUUUUAAAGUGUUCUGUGGAUGGUAUCAUCACCCUCAACAUCCUGGUGUGGUUUAAAGGCUGCACUAUGGCUGACACAAAGGCUCUGGAGAGAGUCAGGAAGUGAGCACAGAACAUUAUAACAACACAGCUUCCCUCACUGACUGAUAUAUACAGAGCCAGAUGCCUGUGUCAUGCAGCACACAUAAUCCAUAAUCCUGUUCUCACCCAGGAAACAGGCUGUUCACAAUGCUGCCUUCUGGGAGGCGUUAUAGGUCCAUUAAGGCCCGUAUUGAUAUACUUUAUAAACAAUUUUCAUCCAAGCGGCACAAAAGAAUUAAAACUCAUAAUUAUUUAAGAGACUGUGUAAAACAUUGGACUGUGUAAUACAUAUUACACACGAGACUGUGCAAUACAUUAUAUAUUGGACUAUUUCAACAUUGGACUGCACAAUACAUAUUACACAUGGGAUUGUGUAAUAUACCUUCUACUGCUUAUUUAUUUAUCUAUUCUUGCCGCUAUGUUGAGCUUGCUUGUUAUGUGGUACUUUACUCAGUGUUUUGUAUGCUACUUGUCGUGUGUUACAUUUACCACAAGCUAAAAGUAUUUGAAUUUCGUUGUAAAGCUAUGCAAUAACAAUAAAGGC